UUCGCUGGGAACAAGCUCGGCACGGCAGCCGCGGGGGUCGGGGUGCGGCCGCAGGGACGCCGGCCCAGUGCUGAUGAGAGGGCACCGGCUGCCCCAUGAGUCUCACUGUCGCUCUCCUGCUCCUCACCCAGCUGUGGGGGCUGGGAACAGACAAGCUGCCUGUGCAGCUGCCCGCGACCUCGGAGGCCGUGCUGGGGGGCACAGCGCUGCUGAGCUGCACCUACCCGCCCGAGGCGGACCUGAUCCUGUACUGGACCCGGCUGGGGCCGGCCAGCGAGAGGAACGUCUACACCUACUACAGAGGGGAACACCUGGCCUCACAUGCCGACCCUGCCUAUCGGGGCCGGGCCACUGUCCCAGCUGGGCAGCCUGGGCGUGGGGACGGGGCCCUCCGGCUACACAACGUGACGCUGGCUGAUGAGGGCAGGUACCGGUGCCGGGUAAAGAGCAACCGUGGCAUGGGCGUGGCGGAGACGGAGCUACGGCUCAUAGGCCUCUAUCGUCUAUCCUGGCUCCAGCCCCAGCCCUGCGCCCCCUCCCUGCAGAACGUGACACUGACCUGCCUCGCAGAGGGCGGCUACCCCCUCGCCACCGUCACCAUCCGCGACAGCACUGGCAGGGACUACGGGGCCGGGACCCCGGCUGCCAAGGAGCCCCAGGGGCUAUAUAGCGCCGCCCACUCGGCCGCCGUGCCCUGCUCCCCCACCGCCAGCUACACCUGCAUCGUCACCACCACCUUCCUCCAGCAGAACCGCACCGGGACGCUUGCCUGGGAAGAGCCACAGCCAGCAUGGAAGGGCUGGGCCGGCGUUGGCAUUGGCAUUGGCAUUGGCAUGGCGGUGGUAGUGCUGGGGAGCGGAGCACUCUGGGCUGGGCAGCAGAGGAGGAAGGGGCAGAGGCACCAGGGAUCCCCCCGGGAGCCAGCUCGGGAAGAGGCCCCAUUGGAGGGCACCGGCCCCACCUGCACGAGGAGGGGGGACCCACCAGACAUCCUCCAGGAGCCGCCCCCACCCAGCCAACACCUCUGCCCCACCCCCAGCCCUGGGCCCAGCCAUGCCUAGUAGCCCCCGGCAGCUCGGGGCGGACAGAGUGGCUAGAGCAGGGAAUGCUGGGAGCCAGGACGCCUGGGUUCACCUCCUGCCGGGCUGAGACGGUUUCCCCCUUGGAUGGACUGGAGCUUAGCUCGGCCUCCCCCCCAGUCAAUAAACACUGCUCUGGCAGGGGGACACCGAGUGUGAGAGGCAUUCGGGUUUAUUGGGCCGGCAGUGGGGGUCCCUGCUGCCAGGGGGAGCUAGGGGCAGGAGUGUCCCCCCCCACACCCGAGCCUGGCUGGGUAAGUCAGGCCACAAUUCCCCCCUCCCAGCAUCCCUCA